AUGGCAACCCAAGAGCCUAAACCCGCAGUGGUCUGCGUUUUCUGCGGCUCCUAUCCCGGUAACUCUCCUAGCCAUCUGGAAGCAGCUCGUGCGCUUGCGCAAGAUUUCCACAAGCACAAUGUGCAGCUGGUUUACGGUGGUGGUACCGUUGGUAUCAUGGGAGAGCUCGCCAAAACCCUGGUAUCAUUAUCAGGACCAAAGUCGGUCCAGGGAAUUAUCCCGCAAGCCUUGGUUGAGGUCGAAGAAGGCUACAAAGGCUCAGCAGCAGACACGCAAAGCAAGGAAGGCAAGGCUGCUGAGCGUGUCGUGAACCAGUCCGUACAAGAAUCCAACUUCGGCAUGGUGACCAUCGUCCCCGACAUGCAUACCCGCAAGAGAUUGAUGGCCCAGAAGGUCCUUGAAGGCGGUCCCGGGUCAGGCUUCGUUGCCCUUGCUGGUGGAUUUGGCACCAUGGAGGAACUCAUGGAAAUGACCACCUGGAACCAGCUUGGUAUCCACAAGGCGGGCAUCGUCCUACUGAACAUCAACGGCUACUGGAAUGGGAUUCUCCAGUGGAUCCAGGCCGCUGUCAAAGAGGGUCUGGUGAGCCCUGAGAAUGCUCGUAUCAUUGCAGAGGCUACAAAGGUGGAGGAAGUUCUUAAGAUGCUGAGGGAGUAUCAAAUCAGCAGUGAUCUCCUGGUCAUUGGUGACCUCUUCAUCCCCGACAGAGCCCCCGACCUUCCGGCCAAGUUCCGGAAACUCCUGACGCCAGGCAAGAUCGGCCAGAUCCUCUGUCUCGGCAAUCUCACCGAUCGGAGCACCUUCGAAUUCCUCCGACAGGUCGCUCCAGACUUGCAAUUGGUCAAAGGCGACUUCGAUGUCGAUUCCCCAAACCUACCCCUCUCCAAAGUGGUGACUCACGGGAGUCUCCGCAUCGGCUUUACUCAUGGCCACACCAUCAUCCCGCCGGGGGACGCCGAUGCCCUUCUAAUCGCUGCACGCCAGAUGGAUGUCGAUAUACUGCUAUGGGGUGGAACCCACCGCUUUGAAGCUUUUGAGUUGGAGGGGAGAUUCUUUAUCAACCCGGGCAGUGCCACCGGAGCCAUGAGCACGGGGUACUGGCCUGAAGGGGAGGAGCCGACACCUAGUUUCUGUUUGAUGGAUAUUCAAGGCGAUGUUCUCGUGUUGUAUGUCUACCAGCUGAAGACGGACGCCAACGGGGUUGAGACGGUCGCGGUCGAGAAAGUAUCUUACCGCAAGAACAAUAUCCCUUCUUCAUGA